ACAACCAACCAAUCACCGAUCGCUGUUUUACAAAUAGAUGUCAGUAGCCAACAUGGCCGAAGCAAGUAACAAGUCGAGUGGAAUAUUCGUCCGUGCACAAAAACAACUUUCACGAACAAAAACCAAGGUUUUACAGAAUUUAGGUAAAGCUGAUCGCACAACAGAUGAACAAUUUGAUGAAUUAGUUCUAAAAAUAGACAGACAACAAGAAUCAGCACAUCAUUUACAGAAAGAAUUAAAGAAAUAUCUACAUUGUAUAGAAGCCCUGUCAGUAGCCAGUAAGUCAUUUUAUUCAGCUGUAGAAGAAUCAUAUGAAGCAGAAUGGACAGAAGAAAAAAAAUUCAGAGAGUCUUUACAGGAGUCCGAGCAAAUAUGGGUAGACUUUGUGAAAACACUACAGGGGAAGGUGAUGGAACCUAUAACUCAAUAUCUGGCAAAUUUUCCAAUUUUAAAGAGUAAAAUAGCCAAAAGAGGACGCAAAUUAAUGUAUUAUGACAAUGCUCGACAUUCUGUGGAUGUUAUACAAAUGGCAAAGAAAAAAGAUGAAACUAAAGUUCAUAAGGUCCAUGAAGAAUUAGCUCAAGCAAAACAGGUUUAUUUAGACAUAAAUAAUGAUCUACAUAAAGAAUUACCAGCUUUUCAAAGCAGUCGACCAACAGUUUUUGGAAGUAUUUUCAAUGACCUUUUUAUAGCAGAAAAAACUUUUCAUGGAAGAAUAGCAGAGAUAGCUGAAAAAGAAGUAGAUAUAACAAAUCAGUUACAGGUUGAUUUCAGAGAUUUUGAAUACACCCCACUUAGUCGACCAUUGAGCUCGACUUUAUCUGACGGAAGACAAGCUCAUAUUUAUAGUUCUAAAGGAAGUGUAGAUGAACAUGUGUUUAAUGGUACUCAUGAUGAAUCAAGUGCAGGAACAUCGUUUACAGACAGUAAUCCAGGGUCACCGAUAAAACAAAAUGGCGGUGAUACCAUAGUAUAUGGUAAUCAGCAGGUUGUCGAUGCUGUCAAGAAAACAUCUGUGGAAAUUAAAGAAAAGGGUCAGGAGGUCGUAGAAAAGGUCAAACAAGGUGUUGACGAGGCUAGUGCAAAAAUUAAAGAGAAAGUUAAUGGCACAGACGCUGAAGAGAAAAUUAAUAGCACAGAAACUGAAGAGAAAGUUAAUAGCACACCAGCUGAGGAGAAAGUUAAUGGCACAAAAACUGAAGAGACUGUGGAUGCUCCUGACUAUCCACCACCUAGUCCACCUGAGGAAGAUAAGGUUGUUGAUAAGGAUGUGUACGAUACGCCAACACCUCGACGUGUUGAAGAGUCAAAACCGGAAGUGAAUGUAGAAGAUGAUAUUUAUAAAAGUCCACCUGCUGUAAAGUCUAAAGAUGCACCACCAACAGUGUUAUAUGAGGUGGAGGCAACACACCCAUAUAAUGGCGAAGAUACUGAUGAGUUAACUUUUGAUACUGGAGACUUAAUCUGGGUUGUACCAUAUGAAAAUCCAGAAGAACAGGAUGAAGGUUGGGUAAUGGGUGUUAAACAAACAAAUGGUGUUAAAGGCGUCUUCCCAGAAAACUUCACCAAAAAGAUCACUCAAUAAAACAAGUGAUCUGAUUGGUCACAGCUUCAUUACCAAUCAAACCAUUACUUACAUUCCAUAAACUAUGCAAAUGUUGAAGAUUACUUAAAACCUUACAUUAUUAUUUAAAAGAAUUUCCGUAGUAUGGAUUAGAUGUGUCAUUUGAUUCUAAUUAAUUUUAAUUAGGUUUUUAUCAUCUUCUUUGUUUAUAUAUGUAAAUAGAUAAAUCUAAGGGUUUUAUUUUUUGUAUCCUCUUGAUUGUGAGAUUUAAAAGAAUUCACAAACUUUACAAAUGAGGCCUUACAUUAAUAAGACAUAGUAUCAUCAAUCAUAAAGAGUAAUCAAAAUUUGAAGUUAAAAAAUACAAAAUGACAAUUGAAGUCGAUGGAAAUUCCAAUAUCAAAUAUUAAAAAAAUUGUAAAAAAAAACAUAAUGGCGAAUUAUGUAAAAUCAAAAAUACGAGUUUUUUUAACUGCACUUUUUUAUAGCAAUACUUAUUUUACAAGUAUUUUGUAUUAAAAUCACGUUUUCGUUUAACUAAAGAUAUUUGAUGUCAUUUUAUAAUAUUCUUUAUUAAAUUGUAACCAUAUUCUGUGGUGAGAUGAAAAAUGAUGAAAGGAUUUGUGUAUAUAUUAUGUAAGAGUUUUGUGGAUAUGUCACCACUGUGUGAGUGAGAUACCCAAUCCUAGUUUCAAUUUGUGAAAUAAAGUAACUGGUUAACUAGAAGGAGUAUGGCUGCCUGACUUAAACUUGUAGGUCUUCUGCAGCUUUUACAGAAUCUUUAAGCUGUACAUUUGCUUCAGAAUUUUUAGCUUGUUGAAGCCAGUAUUUUUUCGUGUUUAUUGUUUUAAUGUUAUUUAUUUAUUACAAGUAUUGAAAUAAGAAUAUAAUGUUUGUAAGAUGUAUGUCACUAGGAUCUGAUAUCUGGAUAAUAGAUUAAAGCAACGCGUACUGCAGACUUGAUUUGGGUAAAUUAUAAAUUGUUGAUUAAGUAAUAUGUUCAUAUUUGUAAGGGGCAAAUAAACUUCCCUAAUAUCAUUCAAUUUCCAGUUUUAGAAGCACCAGUAAUUGUGUACUUAAUGAUGAUUUUAAAUGUCAAUCUAAAACUUGUGAUUGGAAUAGUUUUUAAACUCCAAAUAUGGUGAAAUCUCCACAAAAAAAGUGUAAUAGCGAAAGCUUUGUAUCCAAAUGUAAAUUGUGGUCCUGUCUUCAUUAGCCGGUUUGGUGCAGAAAAAUAUGAUACCUGAUUUAAUUUCUUAAUUGUGGUAUGAACUAUGAACAUUUAUGUUAGAAUUUAUUAAUCAUUUACCGGAAAUAUGUUACAUUUUGUCUAUGAUAUUAUCAUAAUACAUGUAUCUAACCUAAUUAAUAUAAUGUCAAUUGAGUAGUGAAAUUGAGUAAGACUACAAACAUUUAUUCUUUAUUAUAAUAUAGUUGUUUUGAUUCCAUAGCUCUCGGGAAAAAUAUGAAUGUUAUAUUGAUGUGUUGUUUUGUCGUAUUAGCUCAUCAGUAUGUAUUAAAAUCUGCUCAUAAUAUUAUAACUAGAGGUAAGGACAUUCCUUUUCAUUGAAGCAUUCUACUCUGCAACUUUUCUAGGGCUUUUCGUGUUAUUUAUGUGCCUUUUUUUAAGAAAUUUUUAAAAACUUCAAGAGAGACAUUUUAUUGUCCUUUAAUAAAAUAUAAUAAUAAAUCAAGUUAUUGCCAUAAUGUUGACACAAAAACAGAGAAGAGCUGCUUAAUUAAUCACGGCUGAUCAGAAUUAGAUUCUUGAAUAGAAUUCCAUAAUAAUAGAAAGGAAUUUUCUUGAUUUCUAUAUAUUUUGUUAUAAAGAUUUUUUAGUGAAAUUUAGCAUCAUGAAAUAGGUAUUUCAAUCAGUUAAUUACAGAAAUCUAUCAUGAUAUCAUUUGAUUGCAUGAUUUGGUUGGAAAUUAAUAGUAAUACAAGGAUAUUUUUGGUCGUUUUUAAUUCGAUGUAUAUUAAACAAAACCUAAAGAUGCACCACCAAGUUUGUGAUCAGAAAUAUGAUCUUCUCAAUUGUAUAUAUAAGAAUAUAAUAGAUAAGAUUGUUACCGUAAUUUUAUUUUUUCAAGUAUUGUUUUAUAUUCUGUUAAAUUUUAUUUAUGACAAGUGCUGAAUAACUUAUUACACUGCUUUCAUAUUUGAAUGAUUGGUGAUUAAUUGGAAUUGCCAGUAUAACUAUUCAUGGGGCAUAUAUAUAUAGUACCCUUACCUCUACCACAGAGUUGUACAUUUUCAAGCAUAACACAAUUUCAAAAUCAAUCUUAUACUUCUCAUGCAGAUGCAAUGAGCUAUAGCCAAGCAAAGAUUUACUAAAAUUGAAUAUAAAGAUUAAUAACCAAGUCAUUUGGUUCAGUAGUCAGAAAUAUUUUUUGUGCUAAAUUAGGGUGAGCUCAAACAAAUAUAUUGAAUGCAGCCAAGACGUUAGAACUAAUAGUUUAUUUAAGUAUUUGUUUUUAGUUAAAAUUAAUGAUAGUAUAUGAAUGUUAAUUAUGUAUUAUUGAGAUUAUGUAUUUAGAUAGAUAUUACUAACAUUUUUCUAGAUUAAUUCAUUUACCUGUAGUGAUAGUAGUGGUAUAUAUUAUGCAUAAUUGUUAUUAUUCUUGUUACCAACAGUUUUGUACUUUUUAUACACAAUCUUACAUUAUAUCUGCUCAGAAAAUAUUUAAAGAUAUAUCCCUUUGAUGAUAAUGGUCUUACAUUUGAUGGAUGUAUAUAUCCAAAACACAAGAAAAACUGCUUAAAGUAAUGUGUUAUCUUUCACCAGAAUUUUAUUUAUUGUGUGUAAUAAUUCCUAAGAGAUUUAAUAAGAGCAAAUACAUCAUUUUCUGUCCCUUACUAGAUUUUCUGUGGCACAUCAACUGAUUGAAACUUUGGAAUGAAAUUUAUUCGGGUUAAUGUAGAAUCAAAAUAAUAGUAUCCUUAAUACAUUAUUAUAUUUUUAGAUAAAAGCUUUUGGGUUCAACAUAUGACCUAAUUAUCCCUGAAGGAAUAUAUCUUUAAUUACUAUCUAGUAUUGUUGAAAUUUAACAAUUCAAUUAGUAACCUUAUAGUUGUUUCAUUGUUCAUUUAAAAAGUUUAUAAAAGAAAACAGAUGAUUCUAAUAGGCGAAAAAGAGUUUAGAAUUGAUUUAUUAGUCAUGAGAUAUUUAGUGAAACAUUUGAUAGACUUUAAAGUAUGUAUUACAGAAUACAAAUUAAUAAAAUAGAUAUUAUUGUUAUUACAUUAAUGUGCAAUAUAAGAUCUUAUAGAUACAUUAAUAUUAUAUAAUUAUUAUUAUAUAAAUUCUUAUUAUAUUGGUGGAGGAAUAAUUAAAAUGUAUUAAUACAUUAUAUUAUAUUCCAUGUGUAAUUAUCAUUAUUAUUGUUUUCCAAUAUUACCCUGCUCACUAAGUAUUAGACUCUUCUUAAUUUAGGAAAAUCAGAUCAGGUUCGUUGCCUGGGAUGCUGUGACUGCUAAUGGUGUUGACCAGGUUUUUUUUUUGAGUUAAUAAUAGCUGCAUCACUACAAAGUUGUAUUACAAAGCCCACCGAGAACAUUAAACAUGAACAUUACUUUCUUGGCAAUCAUAGUUGAAUUACUUUUGACCACACUAAGGUUGAUAUUAAGAUGUCAUAUCUCUUGAUGAUGUAGGCCUACUAUGGCAAUAAAAUUGCUUGUGACAUAACUAUGUUAAAUCCCAAGGUCAAAUGUAAGUUUACAGAAACUACCAAGAACUGUAUAUUGACUGCAACUGACAAUACUUCUCGGCUUGUUGAAAAAAUCAGAGAUGCUUAGCCUUAUUUGGUUUUCAGUAUUAGAGAGCAAUACUUGUUGAACAGGAUUACCGGGACAUACUUCAUAGCUAAUUAUAUAAUUAGUUGUGUAAUUCUUACAGUAUUUAUAUUGUCAUCGAGGUAAUUUCUAUUUAGACUUGUUUAUCAGUACCCAGUUAAAUACAAUAAAUUUUAUACAGUAUUC